AUGCAAUACCCGGAAACAGUCGCCUAUCGAGGACAUGGGACCGUGAAAGUAUGGCGGAUGCCGAGGAGCCGGAGAAGAAAAGACGGAGAAUAGAGGACCUGACUGAGAAAAUGGCUGUUGAUGGUGGACACAGUGAUGUUUCUUGCGACUGGGAUGGGAGGUGGAAUCAUGUCAAGAAGUUUUUGGAAAGACCUGGCCCAUUCAACCAUCCAGACUUUGAGCCAAGCACUGAGUCCCUACAGUUCUUGUUAGAGACAUGCAAGAUCUUGGUUAUUGGUGCCGGAGGACUUGGAUGUGAACUUCUAAAAAAUCUGGCACUGUCUGGAUUCCGUCUUAUUCAUGUAGUUGAUAUGGACACGAUUGAUGUAUCCAACCUCAACAGGCAGUUCCUCUUUAGGCCCAAAGAUGUAGGUCGACCAAAGGCAGAUGUGGCAGCUGAAUUUAUUAACAACCGUGUUCCUGGAUGUGAAGUUGUACCUCAUUUCAAAAAGAUACAGGAUUUUGAUGAGUCAUUUUACAGACAGUUCCAUAUUAUUGUCUGUGGAUUGGACUCUGUUAUUGCAAGGCGCUGGAUGAAUGGCAUGCUGAUCUCUCUCUUGAGCUAUGACGAUGGCGUUCUUGAUCCCAGCUCUAUUAUUCCUCUCAUCGAUGGAGGGACGGAGGGCUUUAAAGGAAAUGCACGAGUUAUUUUGCCUGGCAUGACUGCGUGUAUCGACUGCACACUGGAGCUGUAUCCACCACAGAUCAAUUUUCCCAUGUGUACAAUUGCCUCAAUGCCAAGGUUACCAGAGCACUGUAUUGAAUAUGCCAGAGUUCUACAGUGGCCUAAAGAAAAACCAUUUGGUGAGACCAGCUUAGAUGGAGACAAUCCUGAGCAUAUUCAGUGGGUGUUUGCAAAAUCCCUGGAAAGAGCUGCGCAGUUCAACAUCACUGGUGUGACAUACAGACUAACUCAAGGUGUGGUGAAGAGGAUCAUCCCCGCUGUGGCCUCAACAAAUGCUGUUAUUGCUGCUGCCUGUGCCACAGAAGUUUUUAAAAUUGCUUCAAGUGCAUAUAUUCCUUUAAAUAAUUACAUGGUCUUUAAUGAUGUGGACGGGCUUUACACAUACACCUUUGAAGCAGAGCGAAAGGACAAUUGUUCAGCUUGUAGCCAGGUGCCUCAAGAUCUCCAGUUCCCUCCAUCUGCUAAAUUACAAGAAGUUUUGGAGUAUUUAACUGAGAAUUCCUCUUUGCAAAUGAAGUCACCUGCUAUUACCACAACUCUUGAAGGAAAGAAUAAGACACUAUAUUUGCAGUCUGUUAAGUCGAUCGAGGAGCGCACUAGGCCAAACUUGUGCAAGACAUUAAAAGAGCUGGGAUUGUCUGAUGGGCAGGAGCUUGCUGUGGCUGAUGUUACUACACCCCAGACUGUUUUAUUCAAGCUGAACUUCAUUGCUUGAUAACUUUAUUAUUUCUCUUCAAAGCACUGAUCUCUCAAAGAAACUUUACCCUGUCUUUAGAGUAGUCUAUUUAAAGCAAUGAUGUAAAUAAGGCGUUAAAACUCUUGUGUUGUCUCAUACUGGAGAACAGUAAUCACUCUGUUUUUCUAUUAGUAUUUAGUUUGUAUUGUGUAUUUUAAGCAGAUUUUCCUGUCAGUCACAUAAGCAGUGAUGUGUUCUGUUAUAAUAAAGCUCUUAUUAUGGACAUAUAUGCUUUAGACAUCACAUUUCUGUAUUUGCAAAUGCAGCUGUGUUGCUUGCCUUUGUAUAGUCACAAUACAAAUAUGACUGGAUAAAGUGCAUUGAAAUAAAACUGCUCAUGUUAAGUUA